AUGGCGACAAGUGCCCCGCUCCUCGGCAAGGCCGCCCACAGCAAGGCAUCGAUCUUCUAUGGAGCAGAUGAGUAUCUUGAGGAGCUGAAGAAGCGGUACGCUCACGACCAUGAAAUUGCUGCGCUCAAGAAUGCUCUGCCGGGCGAGGGGGAUCCCAAUGCAGCAGGCGUUGCGCAAAGCAACGACAAGAUGCUCUCCGUUCAGAAGAACAACGAGAACAGGAGCCUGAAGACCAAUCGGCUCUUCCCCACUCCGAACAAGCCAGACCCCAUGCCGCAGAAUCUGGCCUUCUUGUUCACCAAGAUCACCCCGGAGCAGAUGAUCUACAUGUGGAAUGUCCUUACCGCAAUUUUCUGCAGUCAAGUGCUGAUGGUGAUCGGCUACUGUGCAGCCUUGGCUACCUUCCCGGACUACUGGUGGACCUGCACGCUUUGCUUCGGCGUCCCGUUCUCGUACAUCGCCAUCCAGAACAUUUACAUCGAUCACGAUGUGAUGCAUGGCGCAACUUUCCCGGUUUACGAGUGGCAGCGCUUCUUGACGCACCCCUUUGCCGAUUUUUUCAGCUUGCCGUGGGAGGAAUUCGUCCUCGAGCACAACAGGCAUCAUGCCUCAACUGUGGACUUGCUGAUCCAGGGCGAGUUCGGCUGGGACCCUGAGGAGUUCCAUUACGCCCUGCAGCAGUGGGCCGGGCCAUGGAGCUCCAACUGGUACAAAUACCUGCUCACCGUUCCCUUUAUCCCUGUGAUCCACUUCUUUGGCCUGAACGACACCGGCUCCCUGUUCGCCUUGGAGUGGUGGAUGCACUUCCCCGACGAGGGUGCAGGUGGCAAGUGCAACAAGGAGUUCUGGAGCAAGUGGAUCCCCCGCCGAAUCAAGCACAAUGCUUUCGUGCUCUCCCUGUGGGCCUGCAUCUGGCUGCUUGGUACCUACCCUCUGGGACGUCCGCUGAGCGAGGGGUGGCGGUUCAUGUUCACCGUGUCCUUCUUCGCUCGCAUCGGCUACUCCGCGGCCUGGAUGUUCAUCACCAACUUCACUCAUAGCUUCUAG